UACGUAAAUAAUAAAAUUUUGUUUGCGUUGAUUUACAGUACUUAGAUAGGAUAAUAUUUGUAUUGUAACAGAUUUAAAUAAUAAAUUACUUUAAAAAAUGACUACAGCCGCAAGACCCACUUUCGACCCAGCCCGAGGUGGUCAGGGUCGUGGUGAAAAAGAUCUAAGUGCUAUUUCUCGCCAAUAUUCCAGCAGAGAUCUUCCUGGUCAUACUAAAUUAAAAUACAGAGAGCAAGGGCAGGGAACGACUGACGAAUUAAGAUCUCGUGAUUUCCGCAAGGAAUUGGAUGAGAGGGAAAAAGAAGUUAAAGGUCCUAGUGCAAGAAGACAGAACGAGCCACCAGUAAAAAGAGCUAAAAUUGACCAAGUACCUGCAGCAAGUUUAGAUGCUGAUGAUCCACUUGAAGGUGAUUCAUCUGAUUCCGAUGAUUCUGAUGAUGACACAGCUGCCUUGUUAGCGGAACUUAACAAAAUCAAGAAAGAACGAGCUUUGGAACAGGCUAAAAAGGAAGCUGAGCGCAAACAGGAGGAAGAAAGGAUACGCAUGGAAAAUAUAUUGUCUGGAAAUCCCUUGCUAAAUUACUCUGCUGCUGGACAAAAAAAUGAUUUAAAGGUAAAAAGGAGAUGGGAUGAUGAUGUUGUGUUCAAGAACUGUGCUCGGUCAGAACCAGAAAAGAAGCCAAACAGUUUUAUCAAUGAUUCACUAAGAUCAGAAUUUCACAAAAAGUUCAUGGAAAAAUAUGUUAAGUAGAUGAGAACUAAGCUGAUAAUUAUAAUUCCAUUUUCAUUUAAAUAAAUAAUUUCUAUAAACAAA